AUGGCUGAAUCUCAGCGUCGCUCUCGUGUCUUUUUCGACAUCCAGAUCGGUCAGCAGAAGGCCGGUCGCAUUGCUCUCGAAUUGUUCAACGAUGUUGUUCCCAAGACUGCAGAGAAUUUCCGUGCCCUCUGUACCGGGGAGAAGGGAGUGGGAAAACAGGGCAAGCCAUUGAGCUACAAGGGUUCCAUCUUCCACCGAGUCAUCAAACAGUUUAUGAUCCAGGGUGGUGAUUUCACCGCAUUCAACGGCACUGGCGGCGAGUCAAUCUACGGCGAGAAGUUCCCCGACGAGAACUUCGAGCUCAAGCAUGAGCGCCCAUUCCUUCUUUCCAUGGCCAAUUCCGGCCCCGGCACCAACGGCAGUCAGUUCUUCAUUACCACCGUCCCUACUCCUCACCUCGACGGCAAGCACGUUGUUUUCGGCGAAGUCAUCAAUGGAAAGAGCAUCGUCCGGAGGAUCGAGAACAUGUCAACUCAAGCCGACAAACCCACUUCCGAUGUGACCGUUGUGGACUGUGGCGAGCUGGUUGGUGAGGAUUACGAGAAUGCGGAUAAGCAGGUUCCCGACGCUACCGGUGACCCAUACGAGGACUUCCCCGAUGACCACCAGGGCGAGCAGCUGAGCGCUCCUGUCUGCUUCAAGAUCGCUUCGGACCUCAAGAACUUCGGAAACACCGCCUUCAAGAGCGGUAACGCCAGCUUAGGUCUCGAGAAGUACCAGAAGGGAUUGCGGUAUCUAAAUGAGUUCCCCGAGCCGGAUGAGCAGGAUCCUAAAGACCUGGAACCCCAGAUGAAGGCUCUGCGCUUCACCCUUCACUCCAACUCGUCUCUGUUGGCCAACAAGCUCGGCCAGUUCAGAAAUGCCAGAACCUGGGCUACGUAUGCUCUCGACGUAGCUGAGGCUGCCGCCGCCAAAGAUGCCGACAAGGCCAAGGUUUACUACCGCCGCGCAGUCGCCAGCAGCGGACUCAAGGAAGAGGACGAGGCUCUGAAGGAUCUGCAGGAGGCUUCUAACCUGGCUCCUAAUGAUGCCGCGAUCACAGCCGAGACGGCAAGGGUGAACAAGGCCAUCAAAGCUCGUGAGGCUAAGGAGAAGGCCACUGCUCGCAAGUUCUUCUCAUAG